AUGGCAUCUCUGGCAGGCAAACCUCCAUCCAUGUUAAGCUACUCCGGGGACCUGAUGCACUGUGUCAACACCCAAAGUGUUAAGGUACUUGGAAGAGAGCUUGCACCAUCUUUUCAGCCACCAUCUGUCUAUACUGGUGAACUCACAGGUAUAGAUUACCUGUACCGUCAAACAGGGCAGGCCUUACAGGAUUUGGAUCCUGACUCUGAGGUGACAGAUCAGAUGUUGGAGGAAGUGGGCACAGAGGAGGAGUUGGAGGAUGAGGGCUUCGGAGAUAUCAGUUUGGACCUCAACCUGGAUCCCACUAUUGAGGCGCUGGACCUGUCCUCUGGCUCAUCACCCGCCACGACCAGCGUUGCCAGCACUCCUGCCUCUGUCCAGACUGGGUCUGCUAACACCACUACAGCAGCACCUAAUCAACAACUGUUUUACGCCGCCUCUGGUCCAUCCUCCACGACCACCUACACCACCUCUGGGCCAUUGUCCAUGACCACCUAUGCCACGUCUGGUCCAUCCGCCAUGAUGACCUACACCACCUCUGCGCCAUCCUCUACAACCACCUACACCACCUCUGGUCCAUCCUCCACGACCACCUACACCACCUCUGUGCCAUCCUCCACAACCACCUACACCAUCUCUGGUCCAUCCUCCACGACCACCUACACCACCUCUGCGCCAUCCUCCACAACCAUCUACACCACCUCUGGUGCAUCCUCCACGACCACCUCUGGUCCAUCCUCCAUGACCACCUAUGCCACAUCUGGUCCAUCCGCCAUAAUGGCCUACGCCACCUCUGCGCCAUCCUUCACAAGCACCUACGCCGCCUCUGAUCCAUCCUCCACGACCACCUACACCACCUAUGGUCCAUCCUCCAUGACCACCUACGCCACGUCUGGUCCAUCCGACAUAAUGACCUACGCCACCUCUGCGCCAUCCUCCACAAGCACCUAUGCCACCUUUGGUCCAUCCUCCACGACCACCUACACCACCUCUGGUCCAUCCUCCUUGACCACCUACGCCACGUUUGGUCCAUCCGACAUAAUGACCUACGCCACCUCUUCGCCAUCCUCCACAAGCACCUACGCCGCCUCUGGUCCAUCCUCCACGACCACCUACACCACCUCUGGUCCAUCCUUCACGACCACCUACAUCACGUCUGAUCCAUCCGCCAUGAUGACCUACGCCACCUCUGCUCCAUCCUCCACAACCACCUACACCACCUCUGGUCCAUCCUCCACGACCACCUACACCACCUCUGCGCCAUCCUCCACAACCACCUACACCACCUCUGGUGCAUCCUCCACGACCACCUCUGGUCCAUCCUCCAUGACCACCUAUGCCACAUCUGGUCCAUCCGCCAUAAUGGCCUACGCCACCUCUGCGCCAUCCUUCACAAGCACCUACGCCGCCUCUGAUCCAUCCUCCACGACCACCUACACCACCUAUGGUCCAUCUUCCAUGACCACCUACGCCAUGUCUGGUCCAUCCGACAUAAUGACCUACGCCACCUCUGCGCCAUCCUCCACAAGCACCUAUGCCACCUUUGGUCUAUCCUCCACGACCACCUACACCACCUCUGGUCCAUCCUCCUUGACCACCUACGCCACGUUUGGUCCAUCCGACAUAAUGACCUACGCCACCUCUUCGCCAUCCUCCACAAGCACCUACGCCGCCUCUGGUCCAUCCUCCACGACCACCUACACCACCUCUGGUCCAUCCUUCACGACCACCUACAUCACGUCUGGUCCAUCCGCCAUGAUGACCUACGCCACCUCUGCUCCAUCCGCCACAACCACCUACGCCUCCGUCCUUCCUCUCCCGACCACCCUCACUGUCUCUGUAGCCACUGCUCCCCCAGCAGUGCAACCAGUCCCUGAGAAACCACUGGCUGUGGAUGAACGCAGUGUACCAGGGAUAGAUAGAGUGGACAACCUUGCAAGCUACUUGAUGGGGCUUAGGAUGGAAUCUGGUCAAACUCUGAGCCACCAGCAGGCCAGUACCAUCAUUGCCCUAUGGCAAAGCCUGCUUCCAUAUGACCAGCAGAGAGUGGCGUAUGCUGCCCGGCACCAGGUGAAUCUUACAACAGGACGCUUCAGGUGCUCAAAAACCAAGCCUGAAUUCACACCUGGUGUGGAUAGCAUGACCCGUUGCGUCCUUGGGUCAACAGGGUCCCCUGCCCAGUGGCCAGACUGUUGCCGCCUGGUAGAGUCUAUCUUUGUUAAACUGUGUGAUAUUCACAGGAGCCCCAAAAAAAUAGGAAAUCAUGCUGUAACAAGAUGGACUCUAAUUCUGAGGGACUACAGCAAGAUCCGGCAGCUGGUCCUGGGCAAUGGGACUGUGAUGGAGAAUACCACCCUGCAAUUGUUUCAGGUGAAUCAAACAACUUUAAAUCAAUGGCACAAGAAGCGGCUAAAGAGGCAAGAAUGUGCCAUCCUGCUUCAGGGAGUGAACUUGCCAGCCCCCAUUCCUAUUGCUGCUAGGCCUCUCCCGCCUGGACAGACUCGCCCCACUACAGCCCCCCCACAGCUUGGUCCCCAACACCGCUACCACCUGCCAGCAAGCACAGUGGGAAAGGCAGUGGACAAGCGAAAGUCUGCAGUUCCAGCCCCGCACCCCCCUCCUCCAAAGGUUUUCCGACCAAGGCAGUUGUUCCCUGCUGAUUCUGCUCCAUUACCUGUUGUUCCCAACCCCAGUCCUGCAUUUGCCCCAUUUGUGUUUUUAUGUCCAGUUCCUGUCAUCCGGCAGAUUGCUCCAGCUGGCCCCAUUCCCUCCCCACCACCUGCUCGGAGGCAGUACGUCCGCACUGUGGACAAAAACAAGUGCAGUCUGUGCCACCAGCCCCGGAACAAAGAUACUGGCCACAGCCAGUAUUAUGGCCACAUUUACUGUCCCCUGACUGCUGUUAUGCCACUUGACCAAUGGAGGGAGGAGAUGAAGAAGAAGAGGGCAGAUAAAAAAUAAUAAUUUGUUCAUUUAAAAUGCUAUGUGUGUGUGCUUGCUUGCGUACACCUCUGUUAGGGUCAUUUGUUCACCCUCUGAAAAGCUAAUUUGUUCAUUUGCUUUUCACAUUUGAUCAUUUAACCCAUAUAAAUAAGCUUAAAGCUUUUUUGAUAAAGUUGUGUUUAUGUGAGAGAGAAGGUGUUUGUUAUAAAAAUAAA